AGACGGCGCCAUUCCGUAGUCCAUGCCAUGCCACGGCAAUGGUGUAGUAGAUUCAGUAAUUCAGUCCGAUUCAGUCGAAUCGUAGUACUAGUGUAGGAACGCGAGGAGUGCUGCAGUACCAUGGCCGAGAACGUUGAACGGAAAAGGGUUACCGUGAAAUCAAGGUUUGAGAGGGUUAAGGAAAAGCUGAAGAAACUGAAAGCUGGCUUAACUACAUCCUUAGUAAUUUUCGUAAUUAUUCACAUCAUCAUGUUAAUUAUUGGUGCCAUAAAUUUUAAGAAAUGUCCAGCAUCGCCCAAUGUUCCUGUAUAUUUGAUAGCUGAAGGUGUUAUUGGUCUAGUCUCAAAAAUACUGAGCUUGGGCAGAAAUUUCAUAUUACGUUACUUUAAGGUAGACCGCAUUAUAUCUAUCAUAGGGUUAGUUGAAGUGGUAUUUUUCAUAUGUGGUUCCGUUUGGAUAUACAGUGCCUUCGAACCAAAAUACGACCCUGUCUACGGAGAUCAGUAUUGCAAUAGAACCGCUUAUCUUUUCGCAUUAAUUUUUAUUUCUUGUAUAUACGUUAUUCUAUUUUCAUGUUUGUUGAUAGUCUUGUGUCUGCUGACUGGUUUUUGUGUAAUGGUUUCAGUUUGCGGGGAUGCUGAUGUUGAAUCAACUCAGCCAGAACGAACUCCACUGCCUGCUGUUCGAAAUGCCGACUGAGUAUGUUUCGACUAUGACUACGUUUUGAUAAUUUUAUUACAACAUAUUGUUGAUUUAUAACUGUUAUUUUAUAAAUAGGUAUCUAUGCUUUAUUAAGUUUGUAUAUUUAACAUAAAGGAGUUAUGUUCAGAUAAUAAAACAUAUUUUUAAUAAAAAUAUA